ACUAUAUAUCUUAUUAAGCUUAUAAUCUCUAAAACCAAAGGAGCCAUUCAAUUCAAGAACCUCACUAUUAGCUAAAAUGGUGGUUAUUGCCGGUGUUAAUCUCACUACUACCUCCCCAGGAAUCUUAGCGAACUCACCAAAGGCGGCGGCGCAAACCACCAAGUUCACCACGUGCCUAAACAGGCCAUGGAAGAGGGCCGGCGUCACCGCGGGUCUAUUCAGGCCCGGGAGGAUGUGCGUGGUGAGGCCUGUGUGCGCCGCACCGGACAGCAGCCUGUCGGAGAAGGUGGCAGACAGCGUGAAGAAUGCUGAGGAAGCCUGCGCCGGCGACCCCACAAGCGGAGAGUGCGUGGCGGCGUGGGACGAGGUGGAGGAGCUGAGCGCGGCGGCGAGCCAUGCAAGGGACAAGAAGAAAGAUUCCAAUCCUCUGGAGGAGUUCUGCAAGGAUAACCCUGAGAGCGAGGAGUGUCGCACUUAUGAUAAUUAAUUUUAUUUUUAUUUGCAGCAUAUAUGUAAUCUUAAUUAUAUUAUAAUAUAUAUAUUCUUCCUUUAUAUAUCCAACAAAUUAGCUUGCCUGGCCUGUUCUUGCAUGCAUGUUUUAAUUUCGAACUGCUCAGACAGCUCUCUGUUGUUAAAUCAUUAAUUUAUUAGACUUCAUCAAUUCUCUAAUGUGUGUAUAAUCAAAAUUUACCAUUUACUAUGCACUUCUCUUCACUU